GCUCCUAGCCCCGCGCGCCGCAUCGGCGUGCGUGCGGCUGAAGCCUCAAGCGUUCACCCCGCCCGGCUUCAUCGCCGCCCGCGGCCCAGCGUCGCGCUCCUCCUGCGCGAGGGCUGCUGAGGCCUGGCCGGGAGCCGCGCCUCAGCCCGCGCGAGGCACCGUCCUUGGAGAAGAUGGAAGCGGAGAGGCGGCCGGCGCCGGGCCCGCCCUCCGAGGGCCUGUUUGCGGACGGGCACCUGAUCCUAUGGACGCUGUGCUCGGUCCUGCUGCCGGUGUUCAUCACCUUCUGGUGUAGCCUCCAGCGGUCGCGCCGGCAGCUGCACCGCAGGGACAUCUUCCGCAAGAGCAAGCACGGGUGGCGCGACACGGAUCUGUUCAGCCAGCCCACCUACUGCUGCGUGUGCGCGCAGCACAUUCUGCGGGGCGCCUUCUGCGACUGCUGCGGGCUCCGUGUGGAUGAGGACUGCCUCAAGAAGGCCGACAAGCGCUUCCAGUGCAAGGAGAUUAUGCUCAAGAAUGACAGCAAGGUCCUGGACGCCAUGCCCCACCACUGGAUCCGGGGCAACGUGCCCCUGUGCAGUUACUGUAUGGUUUGCAAGCAGCAGUGUGGCAGCCAACCCAAGCUCUGCGAUUACAGGUGCAUUUGGUGCCAGAAGACAGUACAUGAUGAGUGCAUGAAACAUAGCUUAAAGAAUGAAAAGUGUGAUUUUGGAGAAUUCAAAAACCUAAUCAUUCCACCAAGCUAUUUAACCUCCAUUAAUCAGAUGCGUAAAGACAAAAAAACAGAUUAUGAAGUGCUAGCCUCUAAGCUUGGAAAGCAGUGGACCCCAUUAAUAAUUCUGGCCAACUCUCGUAGUGGAACUAACAUGGGAGAAGGACUGUUGGGAGAAUUUAGGAUCUUGUUGAAUCCAGUCCAGAUUUUUGAUGUAACUAAAACUCCUCCUAUCAAAGCCCUACAACUCUGUACUCUUCUUCCAUAUUAUUCAGCUCGAGUACUUGUUUGUGGAGGGGAUGGGACUGUGGGCUGGGUCCUGGAUGCAGUUGAUGACAUGAAGAUUAAGGGACAAGAAAAGUACAUUCCGCAAGUUGCAGUCUUGCCUCUGGGAACAGGCAACGAUCUAUCCAAUACAUUGGGUUGGGGUGCAGGUUAUGCUGGAGAAAUUCCAGUUGCACAGGUCUUACGAAAUGUAAUGGAAGCAGAUGGAAUUAAACUAGAUCGAUGGAAAGUUCAAGUAACAAAUAAAGGAUACUACAACUUAAGAAAACCCAAGGAAUUCACAAUGAACAACUAUUUUUCUGUUGGACCUGAUGCUCUCAUGGCUCUCAAUUUUCAUGCUCAUCGUGAGAAGGCACCAUCUCUGUUUUCUAGCAGAAUUCUUAAUAAGGCAGUUUACUUAUUCUAUGGAACCAAAGAUUGUUUAGUGCAAGAAUGUAAAGAUUUGAAUAAAAAAGUUGAGCUAGAACUGGAUGGUGAGCGAGUAGCACUGCCCAACUUGGAAGGUAUUAUAGUUCUGAACAUUGGAUACUGGGGCGGUGGCUGCAGACUAUGGGAAGGGAUGGGGGACGAGACUUACCCUCUAACCAGGCAUGAUGAUGGUCUACUGGAAGUUGUUGGAGUAUAUGGGUCUUUCCACUGUGCUCAGAUUCAAGUGAAACUGGCGAAUCCUUUUCGAAUAGGACAGGCACAUACAGUGAGGCUGAUUUUGAAGUGCUCCAUGAUGCCAAUGCAGGUGGAUGGAGAGCCUUGGGCCCAAGGGCCCUGCACUGUCACCAUAACUCACAAGACACAUGCAAUGAUGCUAUAUUUCUCUGGAGAACAAACAGAUGAUGACAUCUCUAGUACUUCGGAUCAAGAAGACAUAAAGGAGACUGAAUAGAUGGAUGAGGGAGUGAAAACUGCAUAGAAUCCUCAAAGCAAAGUAGAUACAUGUUCAUCCAAAAGUAUUACCAGAAUCUCUUAUCAGCAUUCAGUCUUAAUUUCGCUAGUAGUAUAAUGGGUAUACAUUUUUGUAAAUAGCAUCCCCAAGCCAGCCAGAUUCCAGUUAUUCACAAAUGUUUAUUCUUUUUCAGCAAAGUACUUUGAAUGAAUAGUAUUAACUUUUGAAAAGUCAUAAAAAGUUAUAUGAAAGUGAAAAUUUUUUAUGACUGUUUUGAGAGUGGGACUGACUCUGAAGUAUGUGCUGUCUCUUAUUUUUGAACCAUGCAUUUGAUGGACACACAUUGGAUGGACAUAUGUCUCCAACAAGGUGUGGGUGGAAAGAUCAUUUCCAUCUUCAUUUUUAAGAUGGUGACACUAUCACAUUUUAAAAAUUAACUUGAUUUUUUGAGAGGAAAUGAUUACUGUCAAACCAGCAUGGUUAAUUGUGGGCAUCCUCCAGCAGCAUGCCUCUUAUGAUUCUCUGCAACUCAAACCAAGUGUGUGUAUUGAUUUCUAGGAACCCCCAAAAGGAGAACAGUAAACAAAAAUAAUACUUAAAAUUUUCAUUAUAGUUUUUAUUUUAGGAAGAUAUUCAGACACCUAAAUGUUGUUUAACUCUGUAGGUAGCCAUUUGAGCUGAAAUUCAGGAUCUAUUUUAGUGUAGCCAAAAGAGAAACAGAUAAAUUAACUGGUAAGAAAUAAGAUUCACAACACUUUGGAUUGUAAUUUCUAGGUUCUGAGCUGAACAGUUCAUCAACUUCUCUUUUUAUUAAAAGACAGUGUCGACACUUCAAAAAAUGUGCUUAAAGGAAACUUAUCAGUGAGAUUAAUUGCUUAGGAAACACUCAAGGCUGACUGAUAAAUUUCAAAAAUUCAUUGGUCUUGUAGUAUUUUCAAAUAUGGUAGUCUUUUAACAGAAUUUAAGUGGACAGAAAUCUCUGCUAAAAUGUUUAUAUUAUAUUUAUUUUAAAAUGAGAGAUAUAUUUUUAAAGUAUUUAUUAUUUACCUUGUGGUAUGAUACCUGUGUUUAGUGUUUACAUUCUGUAGCUUUAUUUAAUAAGUUAAAUUGAUCACAUAAAUUCUGCUAGUCACAAUCAGAUAGAAAUUUAGCUGAUUAAUUAAUAAAAAUCCUAAUUUAAUUCUCCUGACAGAUAAUCUAGAUAUUCUCAUUCCUCAUUGUUUUGAAAAAAGGAGGGCAUAAAAAGCACUAGGGAGCUACUUUUAGAUAACUGAAAACUUUGUUUCAUUGUUUCAUUUGCCCCUCAAUUGCCACAAACUUACUGAACGGCUAGUUUCAUGGUUCCCAUUAGAGGGUGCUCUUUCACUGCUGUUGACCCAGUCCAUCCCUUCAUGUCCCACAGGUAGGCAGACCCAGUGGGCAUCCAGCCUGGUGUUUUUCUGACAGAUGGCCCAUUUGUAGGCUUUGUGGUCUUUAAUGACAGUAAUCUCUGAAAGAUCAGAAUGUAUCACCCAAAGCACCAUUAGCUGUCUUUGAGGGUCUGUUAUGAAUCUGUCAUCUGUGAAUUGCCGUAAACCUAAGUUUGCCACACUUUAGGCCCAGACCAUGUUUUCAGAGAGCAACUUAGUAAUGUAUACAGUAGUCAGUACGUUUUAUGAAAUACGUUAUUUUGCUAAAUUAACCUCUUCCAGAUCUCAAUGAGUGAUCUUAAAUUCUAGUCUUGAGAAACUUUGUGAGCAUGUCUGUUUUGAGCUUAUUUAUACCUACCUUUCAUGGUAGGUAACCAUGGCAGUGGGGAUGGCAGAGUUUUUGGAUUUUUUUUAAUGGGUCAUUCAUGUUCUGAGUGUUAUGAAGUUUAUGCUUUCAUUCAUGUUCACAAUUGUUAAAGAUAUCACAUUUUAUAAAUACACUGUUAAAUUCACUUUGCUGUAGGUUAUAGUUUACCUGUUAUAUAAUUCAUAGUGCUAAUUGUAGAAGCAAAGUAAAUAAUCAAUUUAGGAUGUUGAAAUUAAAAUAAUCACAAGAACUAAUAUAGUUUCUUUUAAUUGCUAAAACUAUAAUUAAAAAUUAUAAUUUUAAUAUUAGCCAUAAUAUUACACUGUAUUUAGAACAGGCUUAUGUACAAUGCCCUCAUUUAUUUAAACAAAUUGAUUUUUUGGUUAUCAUAAUCUAGUAAUGUUUUUGCAUCACUAUUGAUUGUCGUGGAGUUCUUCUGCUCUCUUAUUCACUCAUUUAGACUUCUUUUAGGGAAGCUAUUUCAGAAUAGCAUAUGAUAAAACAUAUCACUGUCUUGUUUUUGCAAAAUUACUUUUUUGGGCACAUCGACCCAGCAUUUCAAAUAAAUGUAUAGGCAUGUGCCUUGUUUAAAUAAGUACAAUUUGUAAGACUUUAUGUUUGCAAGUUACAUAUUAGAGUAGUGAUUGUUUAUAUUACCAGGGAUUCUAUACUUUACCAAAAAAAUUGCCAUAAGAUUUUCCUGUUCCAUUUUAAAUUGUCUUGAUAUUUAAAAAAAUAACUUUUACAUUCUCAGGAAGAAAUACAUGAACUAAAUCAUAUCUCCAUGUUUGUUUCCAGAUUUCUCUCAUCUUUUUACUGUCCCAAUACAUUCCUAACUCCUAUAAACUUAGUGGCUUAAAUAGUGAAUACCUGGCAGCUCUUAUAGAUCCCAUAGGCAGAUGAUGAUAAUUUUCAGUGCUUUGUCAUGUUGAAUAGAAAUCAAACUGACUUAUUUUAAAAUACAAGUUGUCUACUAGUAAGAUUACAUGAUUUAAAUGUGUUUUAGGUUUUCUGCAACAAAUUAGCUGUGAACCCCUAAUGUAGCUAAUGUUUAUACAAAUUUUAUAGUCAAAAUUAUUUAUUUUUAUUUUUUUAGAGUGUUUCAAAAAUACAGUGUUUGCUUUGUUAAAUACAUUUGCUUAGAGUCAUAAAGUAUACUAUGACUCAGAAAUUGUAAAGUCCAUUUGCAUUGUAAAAAUGAGUACUACCAGCAUGUCAAAAGAAAAAUAAUUUGCAUUUGUAAUAUAAACUAAAAUUGUAUUUAAUGUAUUUAUUGAAUUUUAAAUUUGCACUAACUUGAAAACUUUAAAGGUUAUACUAAUUUACAGAUUAAUGUGGACCCAAAUACAUAAUUUGUUUGGCCAAAAAGGUCAUUAGAAUGGGUAAUAGUUUGUGUGGUUUUCCUUCUAAAUGGUAAUAUUGAAGCAAGAACCAGCGAUUUAUAUUGAGAAUUUUUUUAAUAUUUCUACCCGAUUGAGGACAGUGGAAUAUAAGUAGAUUUAUUUAAAAUAUGUAGAUAUUUAAAAAAUUUUUAAUGUUGUUUAUCCCUAUCUGAAUUCAUUCUCAGCAACAAGACAGAAAAGGUGGUUUGGGUUUUUCUUUUAAAAAGUGUGCCCUUGCCUUUUUCAGUUUUUCCCUUGAAAUCUUUCUCCUCCUGUUUCUCGGAGUACGCUCUGCAGGAGUAUGCUCUGCAGCAUCAGAAUGCAUGGGGAGGCUGUUGAAAGUAGGGAUUCCUGAGCCGAGCCUUUGACUUAAAGAUUCUUUGUCUCUGGAGAUGCAACAUAGAAACCUCUGUUUUCAUUCACAGCACCUCAGGCAAUUCUUAAGCAUACUGAAAUUUGAAAGUUUCUGGUCUGAACCUCAUAUAUUCACAUGGGGCUUUCGCCAGGUGGGAUACCAUGCCAAAAAACUGAAUUAAUUGUAUGUUCCUAAAAUUGUUUUUCUUCUACUCCACUGUCCCCAAAAUCACUUUUCUAAAAGGACUCUAUGAAAAACUUGUUUGUAUCAUACCCAAAUUGAUAUAUUUGUCUGAACUCUAUUACAUAAAAAUUGGUAUGAUUCGUACAUGGGAUCAGUUUUUGGACUGCGACCCAUGCAGUAUUUGUUAUUUGUUUGUUUGUUUGUUUGUUUUCCGUGCAAUGUUGAAGGACAAGGAGUUGCUUCAGGAGCUAGUGCAACGCGCCUCCAAGGGGCAGCGAGCCAUGGAGGCUCCUGCCUUCUCACUUCAGUCAGUGCAGCCACGCUUGUGUAUACUGAGUUGCUGCUUCAGAUCUCAGUAGAUAAAAUAUUUCCACAUUUAAAAUGCUUCUAUUUUUUAAAAAGGGUUUGAAAGCCACUACUAUACUGACUGUCACCUAAUUGAUUUUCUACUAAUUUUUACAUAUUCAGAAACUUCAAGUUUUUUUUGAUGGACAGAAUAUUUUGGAGGUCUCCGUUGCUGCUUAGAAUGUGGCCACUUGGCUAUUUCACAGUUUUUAAAGCUAUUUUAUUGAAUAGUAAAGCAUUGAACUUAGCCUUCAUUCCUUGUGUUUCUAAUUUUAGUUUAUUAUCUGUGUAUUUGGUUAAUUUUAGAUAUGUAAAUAUACAUACACAUACAUACAUAUCUAUUUAUCUACCUUGCCCUGACUCUGUAGUCAGUGCAUGAGGCUUGCAGAUCCCAAAAAGGUACAUUCCAGGGUUCUGUGGAAAUAAUUUUAAAAUGUCAUCCUCUAAUACAGACAUUUACAAAACUUAAAUGAAAAUGAUUGAACUUAACCAUCUGCGAGAAUGUCUGCAGAAAAUAAAUCACCUAGAAACUAUAAAUAGAAAUGUAUUGCUGAGGCCAGGCGCAGUGGCUCCUGCCUGUAAUCCCAGCACUUGGGGAGGCCGAGGCAGGUGGAUCACCUGAGGUCAGGAGUUGGAGACCAGCCUGGCCAACAUGGUGAAACCUCGUCUCUACUAAAAAUUUAAAAAAAAAAAAUUAGCCGGGCACAGUGACACAUGCCUGUAGUCCUAGCUAUUCAGGAGGCUGAGGCACGAGAAUCACUUUAACCCUGGUGGCAGAGGUUGCAGUGAGCCAAGAUCGUACCACUGUACUCCAGCCUGGGCGACAGAGCUAAACUUUUUGUCUCAAUUUUUAAAAAAAUGUGUUGCUGGUAUCAGACAUCAGACCAAGCACACUUCAGUCUAAGGAUGCCCUGAGCUACCUCACUAUUAAAGGACAACAUCAACACAGAAUUCACUAAACAGGAAAUAAGCUAUAAUCUAGAGAAUUUCCCUUACAUGUUACUUUUUAGUGACUAACAUGGAAUGUUGAAAAGGAAGAGCUGGAAAGCUAAGUUGUUUUCCUUGUUCCUCUGACAUUGUCCAGGCAAGAGGGCAUCCUGAUCAGAUGAGUAGGUUUGGCUGAGAAAAACCCUAGAGUAAGGCAGGCACCUUGUGGAGUUGGUUAAUGAUGGCUCUUAAGAACACUUGUUCUCAAUCCAGUUCACGGCUCUGCCAGCAGUCUUUCAGAUUUGAACUGCUUAAAUGAACCCUGCAGAUAAAUUGGCAUUCUCCUUUGUAAUUCUGUAUAAGUUUAGAGCAGCCUAGCUCGAGUCCUAAACCCCAGUCCUCUUAGAAGUGAACUGACUGCAGUGGAUCCCUAAACCCACAGUGCUGAGGGCACAUGUGAUGACUCCACUUGCGCAGCCAGCUGGCCCCUUGUACUUUCCCCUGCCCACCACAGUCCUGUAUACCUACCAGUUAAUUACCCUGUGUCAAUUGUUUUUGUUGUGUUGGGUCUGUAUUUUUGUGGUCAGUGCCUGAAGGCACAUAUGUGAAUUAAAGCAUUUGAUAUGUUGAAGAUACUUGCUUGUUUUUUAAUAAAAUUAAAAGUACAGCAGUACAGCACUUAAGUAUGAUACUGUGUUGUUUUUUGACACAACCACGAG